GGAAGACAGCGAUGGACCUCCUGGACGAACUCGAUGCGCUGCUCGCGGAAGAGCGAUCGACGCAGCAGGACGCGCGCCCGUGGGCGCAAUGCUUGAGCGGUCAUGCGCCGCUGGGCCCCGCUCCUGCAUCCUGCAGGCUCGGGCGGCGUCGCACCCGGUGCUCCUGCCGUUCCCGCUCGUGUCGUCAUCGCCGCUGCCGGCGACGGACGAUGACGAAGCGCCGCUGGAUCCGCUGGCGAGUGCGCUCGCGAGCGAGCAAGCCCCUCGCGUGUGGCCAGCCAACCCGAGCCGCUUGCUGGUCGAAGUCCCGCUCUCGCUGCACCGCGCCGAUAUUACGCCCGUCACGUCGCGCAUGGUGCUCGAGCCGACGAACCUCACGUACGCCUUCGGCCGCGUCGUGCACGACGAACGCUCGAUGGCCGAGACGUCCAACUCGAUGCUGCGCAAGCCGACGCACCUGCAAGAGUACGCGCGCGGCAAGAUCGGCAACGUCCCAUUCGCGCCCGGCGGCGAGUCGCUCAUGAAGUCGACGACGGCGCCGACGUCGACGGACGCUGCGAUCGCCGACGAGGCCUCGAUGCUCAAAAGCGCAAUGGCCAGCGAGAUGCUCGACCUCGCGCAGCGUGCGCUGGCGGCGGGCAGCAGCAGUACCAACGCCUCGGCGGACUGGAGCAGCCUGCUUGUCGACGCGCCGGGGCUGACGCACGGCUUGACGCGCGAGGACAUUGCCCGCCUCACGCGUGGCGCGUCACCGGGUGAUGUGGCGGUGACUACCGCGCCCGCGGCCGUCACGGUGGGCGUCAACCCGACCGAUCUCUUGCAGCCGUACUACGCGGUCAUCUCGGACGACGAGUCGAUGAAGGCGCUGCAGCGAUCGAUCGCCGAUGAAAAAGCCGUCUUGGCCAUGACAUCCAACACGCUUUCGAUCCAGAGCUUGCUGACAGACAAUGACGACGACGAGGACAUGGACGUUCUCGACGCCGUCGACCCGGCAGACGUCGUGCAAGAGGCGCCGGCAGCGACGCGGUCCUUGGCGUUUGCGGCGGCAAGUGGCAGCGACGCGACGGUCGAAGAUGCGGACGUGGAUGUGACGCUGGACGCCGUCAUGACGUUGAUGGACAGUAUGGCGACGCCGGCGCCGGCGCCGGUCCUCGAGUGGGCGAGCGCCGAGCCCAUUGACGUGUCCAAUUUCCACGCCAAGGUGCCCGACAUGGCCAUGUCGUUUCCGUUCGAGCUCGACUCGUUCCAGAAGCAAGCGGUGGUGCAUUUGGAAAACCACGACUGCGUCUUUAUCGCAGCCCACACGUCGGCGGGCAAAACGGUGGUCGCGGAAUAUGCGAUCGCCAUGUCGCAAAAGCACAUGACGCGCACGAUCUACACGUCGCCGAUCAAGGCACUCUCGAACCAAAAGUACCGUGAUUUUCGCACGAAAUUCGGCGUCGACAACGUCGGCUUGAUCACGGGCGACGUCUCGAUCAACCCGCAAGCGAGCUGCCUCGUCAUGACGACCGAGAUUCUCCGAUCCAUGCUCUACCGUGGCGCCGAUGUGAUUCGCGACAUUGAGUGGGUCAUUUUCGAUGAGAUUCACUACCUCAACGACUCGGAGCGCGGCGUUGUGUGGGAAGAGGUCAUCAUCAUGCUGCCCGAGCACGUCUCGAUGGUCUUCUUGUCGGCGACGACGCCCAACACCUUUGAGUUCUCCGACUGGAUUGGCCCGGCCGGCGAGGUGCUCACCGUGAUGGACCCCCAAGGCCAAUUUCUCUCGACCAACUACUCGGCCGCGGUCCAGCGUCUCAAGCCCAAAGAGUCCAAGACAGGUCCUGGCCGUGGCAGUGGCGGGCGUGGCGGUGGCGGCGGGCGUGGCGGCGGCGACAAGGCCGACUGGACCAAGCUCAUUCGCAUCCUUCAGGAAAAGCAGUUGCUGCCCGUCGUGGUGUUUGCGUUCAGCAAGCGCCUUUGCGAAGAAUCGGCCCACCGUCUCUCGGGCAUGGACCUGAGCUCGUCCUCGGAGCGCUCCGAAAUCCAUCUCUUCUGCAACGCCAGCAUUAGCCGCCUCCAGGGCCUCGACCAGCACUUGCCGCAAGUGCUUCAAGUGCGCGAGAUGCUGCUGCGUGGCAUUGGCGUGCACCACGGCGGUCUGCUUCCGAUUCUCAAGGAGAUGGUUGAAAUUCUGUUUGCCCGAGGCUUGGUCAAGGUGCUCUUUUCGACCGAGACGUUUGCCAUGGGCGUCAACAUGCCCGCGCGCACGGUUGUGUUUAACGGCACGCGCAAGCACGACGGCAAGGCGUUCCGCGACUUGCUGCCGGGCGAGUACACGCAGAUGGCGGGGCGUGCGGGUCGUCGUGGCCUCGACACGGUCGGCACCGUCAUCAUUGCGUGCUGGGGUGACGCGCCAGACGCGACGUCGCUCCGUACGAUGCUCAUGGGCACGCCGACGAAGCUCGAGAGUCAAUUCCGGCUCACGUACAACAUGAUUCUCAACCUCCUCCGCGUCGAAGACAUGACGGUCGAGGACAUGAUCAAGCGAUCGUUCUCGGAAUUCCGCACGCAAAAGGCGCUGGCGGCCAAGGACAUUCCGUCGGCCAUCCAAAAAGCCAAAAAGGCACUGCAUGCGCUCGAGGCGGACCUCAACACCACGCAUGGCGGCCACCUGGACUUGACCGAAGUCGAGCGCUUCUUCCUCCUCCAGCAGUCGACCAAGUACAAGGAGCAAGCGCUGGUGCACGCGAUUUUAAACUCGCGGUAUGCUGCAGCCGCGCUCUGCGUCGGUCGCGUCGUUGUGCUCUCGACGACGGGUCUGCCCGACCAGCUCGCCAUCCUCCUGCAAGUCGACAAGGCGGCGACGCGGACCGUGACGGUCCUCGCACUGUGCCACGCGUCGUUCUCGCCGCCAGUCGUUGCGGCCAAGCCAAGCGCGAUGGAUUUCUUCAAGCCCAAAGCGCAAGCGAGUACGUCGACGGGCCUCGCGCCGGGCGCCAAGGGCUCGCUCUUGGGCAAGCACUAUGUCGUACUCGACGUGCCGGAAACGUGCCUCAACAAGCUCACCAAGGUAUCUGGAUACCGUAUCGCAAGCCCGAACGUCCGGAGCCUCCUCGAAGCCAACGACCCGAGCGUGCUCUCGCGCGCCGUCGAGCUUCUCGUGGACCUCGAGACGUCGCUGCCGCUCUUUCUGAGUCCGCAAAACGAUCUCAAGAUGAUGGAGCUCGAGUCGGCCGACUUGUACAGCCAGGUGCAGCACCAGUACAGCGUCAUGGAAGCAAGCCCGUGCUUUGCAUCGCCCUUCCUCAUGCCCGUUCUCGCCCAGUACGCCAAGAUUGACCGCCUGCGCCACUACAUGGCGACGAUGACGGCCGCGCUCUCCAACCACUCGCUCUCGCUUUUUCCCGACUUUCAGCAGCGACUUCGCGUGCUCACGCGCCUCGGAUACAUUGCCUCGGACAACACGGUGCAGGUCAAGGGCCGGGUCGCGUGCGAGGUCAACACGUGCGAAGAACUCGUGCUCACGGAAAUCAUUUUUGAAAACGUCCUCGCCGACCUCGAACCCGAAGAAAUUGUCGCGGUGCUCUCGGCGCUCAUUUUCCAGGAAAAGACCCAGAACCAACCGACGCUGACCCCGCGCUUGCUGCACGCGCAGAGCACCGUGCACGCGAUCGCAACCUCGCUUGGCGUCAUCCAGCUCGAGUGCCACCUCGAAAUCGACCCGACGGAAUUUGCCAAGACGACGCUCAACUUUGGCUUGAUGGAAGUCGUGUACGAGUGGAGCCGCGGCAUGCCGUUCAAGUCGAUUUGCGAGCUCACGGACGUGCCCGAGGGCUCGAUCGUGCGUUGCAUCACGCGUCUUGACGAAGUGUGCCGUGAAGUGCGCAACGCGGCGCGGGUGAUUGGCGAUCCGCGCUUGUACCGCAAGAUGGAGAUUGCGUCCGAGUCGAUCAAGCGCGACGUGGUGUUUGCGGGCAGCUUGUACCUGUCCUAG